CGCCCGGCGACGGAGAAAGAACUUGGCACGCGGAAAGAUUGAGUCGCCGGAAGAUGUGAGAAGCAACUGGGUGUGUGUCGAUACGGGACGGGAUUGUUUGGUCGUGCAUAUGUUUACGAAGGCGGGCCGGGAGCAGAUUGAUUUGGAGGGGUUGUGGGAGGAGAAGUUGAAGGAUAAGGGGGAUGCGUUCCAUGAUGUGAAGGAUAUCAAGAAUGAGUGGCGUACAUCGAUCAGGACGGCUGCUCUUGGGCGACAGAGCAGGGGAUUCCAUACGAGCGCCCGCCGAAUGAUGGCGACAGCACAGGCCGUCUUGAGAUCAUCAGAGCCGGAAUUUCCAGCUUCAGCUUCAGUCGAAACGAUUUCCGCACCGGCCAGAGCUUCUCUCGACAGUUUUCGUUCAUCACUUAGGUUGUCAAGCUACAAAGAGUCACACGCUGCCCUCGUCGACAUGCUCAACGCUUACCCUGAGCUGAGAGAGCAUGUUCAGCAAGAUAUCAGACAUCUGUUUCAGCAAGUUGUUGCGGCGGCUGAUUAUAGCUUUUUCCCAAAGGUGGUACGUUUUCUGGACAUGAGCGACAGUGACAAAAGUUCCAUGUUGAUGGAAGCACAUGUCCAACUUCUGCAACGAGCGUGGCGGUUCCAGCGAUACUCAACUGCGUACAACGGUGUCAAAGACUUGGACUUGACACCAUCGCAGCGCCAACACAUUGAGGAUGUACUUUACGGUAUGGACCCAAGUAAGGAGAUGUCACAGUUUCUUCCGGAUACGAUCAGCUCAAAAAGACCUUUCCUGACCUCAUGGAGGGAGUCAUAUCCGACGCGGUUCACCGCGGAACACUUCCAUUUGAAAACGAAGUUUUACAUUACUGCACAUCAGAUGCAGCCCUUCGUAUUCGCACGGUUUGCUUUCAGGGAUACGUUGUCAACAAUGCAGGCGUCAGGUAUCGAUCCAUUGCCGGAGACGUUUUACGCUAUUAUGGACGGUAUCGCGACUUCGGUAAGAUAUCGACGUUACUCAAGAGUUUGGCACCUCUACAAAGAUAACAUGCGGUCCAGGGCCGAGGCAUCCGAGAAUGCCAUACAAGAUCCGGAGAGCGAAGUUACAGAUUCAAGAGACGAGUGGUGGAAGGCUCUGAAGGAUGAUGUCAGCGCGUCAAUAAGGGAAAUCAUGCAGGUCGCGGAUAACAUGCACAAGCUGGGUUGGGAAGUCGAUAAGGCAAGGGUUUAUAAAAGCGUGUACUUGGCAUGUUGUCCAGAACUCCCGACGCCGGAGGAGGCGAUUGAGGAGGUUACUUCUACUUUCAACACGAUGCACGGGCUGCAACGGCGAAUCCGUACUAGAUAUACCCGGAUGGACGACCGUGUCUUCGACAUUGAAGAAUCUAUGACCGAGCAGGGAAUCCCGCUCACCCCUCCCUUCCUCUGCAUCCAGCUUAUCGCAUUAGCGACGGUGGGUCAAUGGGCCGCAUUCUGGAGACGAUGGCGCAGUAUCGCUCAAGCUGGUAUGGUGCGGGACUCGUUCAUGUACACCCUCCUUUGGGCUCUCGUCGUUCGUGCGGAGAAUCGGAAGGAAGCUACUCAUGGACUUGCCUUUGCUUUCGAAGAAAUGCAGCAUGAGUGGCCGGCUGUGAAGAUGACGGAUGAUUUGGCUAAGGUUUUGCUCAAGGUCGCUGAACUUGCGGAUCCGUCAGGGCAGGCGUACGAAAAUGUAAGAAACGUUGCGUCCAUGCAUCUUGAAUCGAGAUUACUGAGCGCAUAGGAAAGAUGAGUCGAGGCCUAUGGUGUAGCGGCAGAGGCGUCAGUUGUGGGAGCGGUUGCAUCAACGAUCUGAAUAACGAGUUUGCAUUAAGUCUUGCAUACGGUGUUUUAGUUUGGAGCAUCCAUCUGGGUUCGUAUUUGAU